GACAGACAGGAGGUGAGACGAGCUAGUGAACCCAAAGGUAUGAGGACGGUGACUUCAUCGGGUACUUCUAGGAUAUUUUGACUGAAAGCAGCUCUGCGUUUUGACACAUUUACGCACAAGACAAGACUUCCUCUGUUUUUAUUGGAGAUUCGGAUACAAUUUGGAUAGAAAACUAGCAGUAGGCUAUAGGAUAAAUAAUAAUAGACAACAUGAAACUUGAAGUAUUCUGUGGAAACCACCACAACGAGGUGAAAUCUUUGCAGGAGCUGUGCAGCGAUGCCGAGGGCAGCGUCCGCUCGCCUCUCUCCGGUGAGGAAGAGUUGGGUUCGGAUGGGGACUGCGUGGCGCACAGCCCUCCACCUGUCACACCCGGCGUAGACGGCAUAGGCAUUGGCAAACCGUACAUACGGAGACCAAAACCUCCGUACUCUUACAUCGCACUGAUUGCCAUGGCUAUCCGUGACUCAACAUCUGGUCGUCUGACUCUGGCAGAGAUCAAUGACUAUCUGAUGAAAAAGUUUCCAUUUUUCCGGGGCAGCUACACUGGUUGGAGAAAUUCGGUGCGCCACAACUUGUCACUUAACGACUGUUUUCUAAAGGUCCUCCGGGACCCGUCCAGACCCUGGGGAAAAGACAACUACUGGAUGCUGAAUCCUCACAGCGAGUACACCUUCGCUGACGGAGUGUUCCGACGCAGGAGAAAGCGCAUCAAUAAAAAGACAGGCAAAGAGCAAAACGUCUCCGACCAUACUGCCGACGAGAACGCGCAAGUCACCAUCACAUCCACACCCCCAGCCACUAAAACCGGACCCAGCAGUGCCAAGUUCUCCAGUUCCUUCGCUAUAGACAGUAUCCUCAGCAAACCGUUCAAGAGACAGGAGUGGGCAGAGGAUUCUCCCACUGUUGCUGCAUUACCGUGGCCCGGUUACACUCAGAUGAUGGCACACAUUAUGAGAGGAUCACCUGUCGCCUUGCCACAUCACGCCCAGUCGAUGUUCCAUGUGGACUCAUACACUGCGCAUGUGCUGAGGGCAUACGGUGGUGGAUUUUAUUCCGAGAGGGACGAUCGCAAAGACAGUUACCCCGCAGAAUAUUAUUCAAAGGCAUAAUCCGUUUACCAGAUAAUCUCUACAGUACCAACGCCAACUACUUAAAAAAACUGACGCUUACCACCUAUUAGAAAUAGAACGUUUGUUGUCGUAAUGGACCAUGCAUUUUAUUGCAUUACCUUAAAUGUGGACAACCAGUUACCUACACAGGGCGUCGUAUUAUUUCAUCAGGACAUUUUAGUAUGGACAUUUAGUGUGGGGAGGAGUAGGCUUUAUGUCAUUCCUUUGAGGUUCUGUGGUAAUUUCCCUUUAAAUCAAGGGCAUUUUUUGUGCUAUACAGUGUACAGUUUAUGAUGUAUAGAUUAUAGGCUAUUUAUGUCGUUGGUUUGUUGAAAAGUUGUUACUUUUGACAAUCAGUUGACCUUCAGAACAUGCUAUUUAUAACAUUUGGCAUGUCAUUUGUGCUAGUCGAGCUGUUUGUAUGUUUUUAUUUUAAAAAACACGAUUAAUAUUUGUAAUAAAGAGUAACUUUAACGUUGAAA